AUGGAUGUUGAUAGCGAUAGUGAUAGUGAUAUUGAUAGUGAGAGUGAGACUAACUCGUAUGACAACAUGGACGCCUUGUUGAAUGAUAGAUUUAGGCAUGUGGCACAAGCGGAAGGGAUAAAAGAAGGUAUGAAUGAAGAUGCAAAGAAAUUCUAUGAUUUGGUUGAAGAGGCUAGCAAAGAACUGUAUCCCGGUUGCAAGGGAUUUUCUACGUUGUCUUUCACCAUCCGACUAUACUUGUUAAAGUGUCAACAUGGGUGGAGUAAUGCCUCUUUUACUUCUCUCUUGGAGUUGCUAAAAGAGGUUGUUCCUAACGUAAAUAUUCCUACUUCUUUCAAUAAAGCCAAGACUAUGGUGAGAGACUUAGGUCUUGACUAUAAGAAGAUUGACGCAUGCCCGAACGAUUGCAUGCUAUAUUGGAAAGAGUACGAGAAGGACACAUCUUGUCAUAAAUGUGGCGCUUCUCGUUGGAUUGUACAUCCUGUAGUUGAAGCAGAUGUUUUGCCUUCAAACAAAUCUCACAAUAUUCCUGUGAAGACAUUGCGACACUUUCCCCUAAUUCCCAGGCUUCAAAGACUAUUCAUGUGCUCAGCAACAGCUAAAAGCAUGAGGUGGCAUGAUGAGGAACGCAGAAAAGAUGACAAGUUAAGGCAUCCCGUUGACGGCCAGCCAUGGAAGGACUUUGACAAUCGUCAUAAGAAUUUUGCUCUCGAUACCUGUAAUGAAUACUUUAUGUUGUCGUCGCUAAUCCCUGGACCAAAGUCACCGGGAAAUGAUAUAGACAUUUACUUGCAACCUUUGAUCGAGGAGUUGAAGGAGUUGUGGGAGGUCGGGGUGGAAACAUAUGAUGCAUCCAAAAAUGAAACCUUCCAAAUGUAUGCAGCUCUCAUGUGGACAAUAAGUGAUUUUCCGGCUUACGCAAUGCUAUCUGGUUGGAGUACAAAAGGGAAGCUAGCUUGCCCUUGUUGUAACCAUGGGACUUGUUCUAACUAUCUUAAAUAUAGUCACAAGACAUGCUACACGGGUCAUCGUGCCUUUUUGCCUGAGGAUCAUCGAUGGAGCGCUAACAAGAGAUCUUUCAAUGGAAAAGUAGAACAUAGGCAAGCUCCACCAUUAUUGUCGGGUACUGAAGCUUUAAGUCAGUUGGAGUAUGUGGAUAAUUCGUUUGGGAAACUAAAACCAAAGAAAGAUGGUCCAUGGAAGAAGAGGUCAAUAUUCUUUGAUUUACCUUAUUAG